AUAUUAUAUCAUUUCUAAAAUUUUUUUUUAUUACAGUCAUUGUUCUGAUUUGAUUCUAAUUUUCGGAAUUGCUCGUGACGCGACAUUUUUUCAAUGACAAUUCAUCGUUUGUAAUUAACGUCAAAGUGUCUCUAAGAAAUUUAUUAAUGAAUUACUAAAAACAUCUCAUUAAAAUCGAUGUUAAUCAUAAUUAGAGAGUAUGAGUAAGUAUAAGUAUAAGUAUAAGGCAAAGAGAGCGAUCGACGCGCAAACCGCGUCCAUCUUAUCUUGCUUCUUAAUUUCUAAGCUAAUUACUGAAUUCUUCGCGACAGCCGCAGCGCUUCACCGUGCAUUUUUAUUUCAACAGGUAACAGCAAGACCUCGAUGAACAUUGGAACACGCGUUGCCGCGGGAAUCACAACAGGCGCUUUGGCAGUGAUGAUCGCUCAGCCGACCGACGUUGUCAAAAUCCGCAUGCAGGUUGGAAAUAAUGGACGAUCAACCGUGAGAUAUAGUUCCACUCUCCAGGCGUACAAGAACAUCGGCAAUGUGGAAGGUGUCAAAGGCCUUUGGAAGGGAACCAUGCCGAACGUCUCGCGGAACGCCAUCGUGAACGUGGCGGAGAUAGUCUGUUACGAUGUCAUCAAGGAUCUUAUUCUGGCCAGCGGUUAUCUCCGCGAUGGAAUACCGUGUCACUUGACCGCCGCGACCGCCGCAGGGCUGUGUACCACUUUAGCGGCAAGUCCCGUGGACGUGGUGAAGACGCGUUACAUGAACAGCGCCCCCGGCGAGUACAAGGGCGCGAUAGACUGCGCCGUCAAGACCUUCGUCCAAGAAGGCCCGACCGCGUUCUACAAGGGCUUCGUGCCGAGUUUCUCGCGCCUGGUAUCUUGGAACAUCGUACUGUGGGUGACCUACGAGCAGAUCAAGUUACACAUGAAGAAGUUACACGGCAUCGAGUGAGAUCCUCAUUUACCGAGCCCGAUUGUUCUGCCGAUCUGCCGCGAUCGGUACCCAUCCAUCGUAAUCUCCUAUGUUAUCUUCUGGAAAAUUCGCAUUUCUGUAGAAAACUAGCGCUUUUGCUUAGAUAAAACCGUGCUAAUCAGAUGUAGGUGAAUUAAAAGUUCGAUAUACGGAUACAAUUUCAACCGAUGGUGAAUAUCCUCGUAUUACUGCUUCUUUUUUUGCUCGUUUUUGCGCAAACGCGAUGUACGCGUAUCGGUGUCUAUCGUCGCAUUAUCAAAUAAUAAAUAUAAAAAUUAUUUGCACCCUUGGAAGUAGCGAUUAGCGCGAUAGAAAUAGAGCUGUUGUCUCGUUUUGGUUUACUCUAAUUUUCAUAAAUGUACGUAUGAAAUCCUUAUGUAGAAACAGUGAGGAUUUCUUGGCAAUUUGUAUGAGACAAAUUUUGACUGCGUCAGCUUAAUAAAUAUAUAAUAAGAUGUUAGGCUAUUUCUUAGCAGAGUGGAUUAUACAAUAAUUACAUCAUUAAUGCGCCAAACAGACAAUAAUGUUAUCAAAGUCAUUCAUUCCGAUGUCUUUGCUUACAUCUACAGUCUCAUAAAAAACUGUGAUCACAAACUAACGAAUCCUUUUUUUAGCGUUGCUUUAAUUAACUGAUUCACGAGCGUAACGCGCAAUUUUUUGCAUGUACAACAUAAUCUCAAUUUAGUCAAUUGAUAUUAUACAGGGCACAAUUUGUAUUGUAAUUUAAUCGACAAUUUGUUUUUAAACUAUAUUGCCAUUACAAGUAGUUUAUUCUCGAAGCAGCGAUGUGAAAAUCCUCUAUUACAAGCAAAGUUACGUAUUGUAUAUAGAUAUUUAUUAUUUAUAAUAAAAUAUAAUUAUA